AUGCAGGCUCCAUUACGAUCAUCUCUUCGGUUACGCCGGAAUUUGUCGCGUCCUUUCGCCGUCUCUGCUCGGUUGCUCUCCGACUCGCCCGCGUCUUCCGUCGCGGCCUCCUUCCUGUCCCGAUUCCAGUCUCUUGGUCCACAGACGCGGACACAGACACUGGAUGCCAAUCAACUGCAGCUGCUGACGUUGACACUAAACCGGCCGUCUCUUUUCCCUGAUUCGCCCUCAUUGUCCAAUACCCCGGGCUCCCUGCCGCGACAAACCCCCGUCCCACCAGGAUACCACUUGGUCUACUUCACCCCCGCCUUCCUUGAAUCCGAGCUGGGACCAGAUGGCACCGAUACCUCCUAUAAUCCCGAGACCCCUUUCACGCGCCGCAUGUGGGCAGGUGGUGAGGUGCUCUGGCCGCGCGACGCCAAAGGGCAACCCAAUCCCUUGCGCGUAGGCCAGCAAGUGAGCGAGACCACUCGCGUGCUCAGUGCCGAGCCGAAAGUGGUGAAAAAGACUGGCGAGGAAAUGAUUGUCGUUGGCGUGGAGAAACAGUUCUCGAAUGAGCAUGGACUUUCCAUCGUGGAUCGACGGAACUGGGUGUUCCGGAAAGCCCUGCCAACUCUUCCUGCAUCAUCAACUUCAAAAGCGUCCUCUUCUGAUUCCUCUUCGACGUCCCAUAUGACGACGCAUUCGUCUUCCGCCAUCUCCUCUGCGGGCAACACGCAUACCCGGGCCUAUGUGCAAUCACCUGUCACGCUCUUCCGCUUCUCAGCCCUUACCUUCAAUCCGCAUAAAAUCCACUAUUCACUCCCGUGGGCCCGCGAUGUCGAGGGACAUCGAGAUCUCGUAGUCCAUGGCCCGUUGAAUCUAAUCUCCAUCCUAGACUUGUGGAGAGACACCCGAGGUACGACUGAGUCCGAGCCCGCCUCAAUUGUCCCUCAACAGAUCUCAUACCGUGCCACGAGCCCGUUAUACGCGGGAGAAAAGUACACGAUCGAGAUUCAGGCGGAAGCAGAGCUCGCGAUGGUGCAGAUUCGCGGACCUGGAGGAGCGGUUGCUAUGAAGGCUGAGAUCAAAGGUUGA